CCCACACCUGCCUGACCUCCUCUGCCCCUUGGACAGAAGGGCCCUGGCCGCGGGGCUGGACUUGCAGCGAGAAUUCAGCAGCAUGCAAAGAAAACUCAACAGGGUGUUGGACUCUUCCUGUGAUGACAAAGUUUUGGCUUUGGUGGAUGUGGAAGGUUUUGCCCCCGAGGAAGUCACUGUAACGGUGGAAGAUGGGAAGGUGAAGGUGUUAGCAGAGCAUGAGGAGGAACGCACCACCUCGAGGGGGAAGGUCUACAACUACAAAAACAUCAAGAAGGAUAUCAGCCUGCCGCCGGGGGUGAGUGAGGACGAGGUGACCUACUCACUGGGAUGCAAUAACGUCCUGAAGAUCAAAACGGAACACAAGCACCACCCUUGUCUCCCAAGGCCCUGAGCCCCAGCAGAGAGCAGCACCCGGGCACGGGGACACAUCCUCUGCCACGUCCCCAUCAGCUGUAGGUCUGUCCCACCAACUGUGUGCCAGCAGCUCCUCGGGACUCUUUAGAAAUAAAAG